ACGUGUCACGAUUCUGAUUUUCUCUCUCAGAAUUCAAUUGUGUCUGCAACAUUUUCUCUGGGUCUAAACUAGCACAAUGUUGCCUGAUUUUGUCACCACCCUCUUCAUCGCUCCGAUUGUAGAGGAGGCACUUUCCAGAGUUACUUCGAUUGCUGGUAGACGAUUCACGGAGGCAACAAGGGAUUUGAAGAAGGAUAUGGAGGGGCUGAGAGAUUCACUCACCAUGGUUCAAUCUGUGCUUCAAGCUGCCGAGAAAGUACAAGAAAGGGAUGUUAACAUAAAGAACUGGCUGCAGAACGUGGAAUCUGAAGUUUAUGAUGUGGUCAAGCUACUGGAUGAGUAUGAUUAUGAAGUUCAUGAGCGGAAAGUAGGGAACCAAAGUAAAAUCUUCAUAAAACAGGUUCUUACUUUCGUUUCUCCCUCCAAAUCUAUGCUUGGCAAAAUUAAGAAGAAGAAAGAGUCUUUAGAUAGCAUUAUAAGAGAAACUAAUGUGAUUAGCAUGCUGAUGUCUCUCGGAAGAGACCAAAAUGGGGCAACUCCUAUUGAGACAAUCCCCUACUCCGAUAAUGCUGAAGUUUUGGGGAGGGACCGUGCUGUCUCAAAAAUUUUCAGCUUGCUGCGGGCUGCCUCUAGGAGUGAACAUCGCCUCUCUGGCCUUUCCAUAGAUGGAAUGCCAGGUGUUGGAAAAACAGAAUUAGCAAGAUCAAUAUAUCAGAAGGUGCAGGAAGAAAAUUUAUAUGAUCUGGUGGCCUGGAUAUGUUUAUCUGAGGAGUUUGAUGAACAAAAGAUUUUAAUGGUUAUGUUGGAAUAUCUUGAUUGCAAUGCUGGUUCAAAGCAAUCUAUUGCUGCAAUAAGUAAAUGGCUUAAAGAAAAGUUAGAAAAUAAAAAGUUUCUUCUCAUUCUUGAUGAUGUAUGGAAUGAAGAUCCUGGUAGCUGGAAGCAUUUCUUCUCUACUCUGUUGCUUAUUCUGAACACUACUGGGAACUCCAUUGUUGUAACAACUGGUAACAAACAGGUAUUAGCUUCUGCCUCUGAAAUGAGCACAAUUCCUAUGCAUAAGCAUGAACUGCAAAAGCUAUCAAAUGAUGAAUGUUGGUUGAUAAUGGAGAAGAAGAUUCUGGGAUCAUCCAAUAUAACUUCAAUGUCUUCCGAUUUGUUAGACAUUGGGAAAGCUAUUGCAGAACAGUGUGGGGGCUUGCCAUUAGUUGCAGCUGUCAUUGGUGAAAAAUUGAGCCAUAAUAUUGAGGCGAAGGAGUGGGUGGCUAUCAGAGAUAAUACAGAAUGGCAUUCAUCACAUAGAAGGGAGAUUCUAUCUAAACUAAAGAAAAGCUUUGAUCGUUUACCUUCACCUUUGAAAAAAUGCUUUUCUUACUGCUCAAUUUUUCCAAAAGGUUCUAAAAUCAGAGGAGAUGAUUUAGUUCAACUCUGGAUGGCUAGAGGAUUUCUUCACCAAUCUGAUGACAGCAAAUCAGAAAAAGAAGAGGAUGUUGGCAUCAAGUACCUCAAUGCUUUGGUAUCCAAUUAUUUUUUUCAAGAUGUGGAAAUGGAUGACUUUGGACGCAUCAAGUCCUGCAAGAUGCAUGAUGAGAUCCAUAAUCUUGCAUUGUUUAUUUCAAAAUAUGAAACAUGUAUUUGGCCGGAUACCCGCCCCAUUAAGUCUUUGUUCUUGGAGGUUGAUGUUUUCGGCACCAAGGCUUUGAACCCUGAAAGUUUGCAAUCUUUAAAACUAGAAGUAGCAGCUGUUGGAAGAAAAGAGUUGCAAGAAUCUCUUGGUAAAUUGAAGUAUUAUAUGAAAUACCUUGACAUAUCAGAAAAUCAAAUUCAGGGACUACCAGAAUCUAUCUCCAAGCUCUACAAUUUGCAGACUUUAAGAUUUAUGAGCUGUAGAUCAUUGGUGAAGCCUCCAAGUGAUAUUGAGAAGCUAGUCAGCUUGAGGCAUAUUUAUUUUAAUGAAGAAAGCCAUAUGCCCAGUGGGAUUGGGAGAUUAACUUCUCUUCAGACUUUACAGCUAUUUGUUGUCGGCACAAAAGAUGGUAAAAAAAUUAAAGAACUUGCAUCUUUGAACCAACUCAGAGGAAAACUGAAAAUUUGCAACCUUGAGAAAGUAUCCCAAUCAGAAGCUAGAGAAGCAAAACUAGAAGAUAAGGGAGAAUUGAUCAAGUUGCAAUUUGUAUGGAGUAGAGAUAGAGCUGACUAUAACAAUGAUAUGGGUGUUCUAGAAGGUCUUCAGCCUAACUCAAACUUGAAAAGCUUAACUAUUGAGAAUUAUAAGGGAAGCAACUUCCCCUCAUGGAUUGUGAAGGAUGCCAGUGGUUCCGGUGAUUCAUUUCGACUCAACAGUCUUUUGAAGAUGAAAUUAAUUGCUUGUGAUGAAUGUGGUGAUAUUUCAUGCCUUGGACUCUUACCUAUGCUUCAGGUUCUCAAUAUAAAGGCAAUGUCAAAAGUGAAAAAUAUAGUGAGCACUCAUGGUAGAAGCACUGUGGCAAGCAGUAGCCAAGGUGGAGGAGAAUCAAUCAAACUAUUUCCAGUUUUGAGAAAAUUCAAAUUGACUAACAUGAAAAGGCUGGAGGGAUGGACAGAAGUGCAAAGCAAGCUUGUGUUUCAUCACCUUGAGGAGUUGCAUAUUCAGGAUUGCCCAGAUCUCAAGUUUUAUCAUGACAGAAGCAACAUGGCAAGCAACAGCCAAGGCGGUGAAGAAUCAGUCACACUAUUUCCAGCUUUGAGGAAACUCACAUUAUGUGAAAUGAAAACACUGGAGGAAUGGACUGAAACGCAAUGCAUGGCUGUGUUUCCUUGCCUUGUGGAAUUGCAUAUUCAGAAUUGCCCGGAGCUCCAAACAUGGCAGAUAGAUGGGUCUAUUUCUCAUAAGCUCUCUAGGCUGAGCAUACAAUCAUGUGAGAAUCUGCAGGUUAUCCCGGAUGGGCUGUUGAACUUAAAAUCUCUUGACAUAAACCAUUGUCCAAAUUUAAUGGCAUAUGCUCAAGAAGGCAGCCCCGAAUGGUCCACCAUUCGCCACAUUGGUAGCAUCAGAAUUAAUGGGCAGGCAGUUUGAUCCUAAGAAUUUUCAUUUUUUGAGAAGGUGAAAAUCAUUACUAUGAAGGAGUUGUGAUCUUAGCUGCCGCUCAGAGUUCAUCAAAGCUACAAUUCCAUAGGUUCUGCCUCUAGUGUGCCUUUCCCAGAGAAAGGUUGAUGAGGGAGAUAUUGAUAGAGGAUUGCAUAAUCUAUGCAGUGCAAAGUUGAUUUUAUGGAGAGAGGUAAUUAAUCUGUUUCCAUGACAAAUUGGGUAGUGAAGUUGUUGUUCCAGGUAUCUUUUGCUGUAUUCUUGAUGAUGAUGAUGAUUAUUCUCACAUCCACUUUUGGCCAGAUCCUUUACUACAAGUACAAGCUCCAAUUAGUCAGAAAUUCCCAAGAUUCUGUCCAGUGUUUUCUGGUAAAUCUCUCCAUGUUAGAGACUUUCUGAGUCUGCUCCAGAAUCCAUAUUCUACCAUGAUUGUUUUCCAAUGGGAACAGGAUGAUUAAUUGAAG